UGAAGCCACGCUUUAAAAGCCAGGUUCCUAACUAGAAAGAUGCAAAACCGUAAUAUCCGUGAAGAUCCUAUUACCUAGGAAGAAUCUGACGUUUUGCUGCGAAUGCUGUGUUGGGAUUGAUUUAUUCCUGGAGUGGUCUGCACGGCUGGCAAAGAAUAAUGUUCCAAAAUCGGUCCAUCUCCCAAGGGGUCCAGUUUUUCUUCCUGGGUGUCAGCGAGCCCUGACUCACUACAGUGCAGCUGACAGGGGCUGCCAUGCUUGUGGCACACUAAGCAAAAAACAAAAGACCUAAGGACGACCUUUGAACAACACAAAGGAUGGGUAUGUUUUUCAUGUUACCUUUUUAAUUUAUAGUUCAUAGUUACUGCAUAGCCUGUGCUUUAAUUACCCCAUAAACUUACCUUGAUGUGAUUUGUUAUUAUACUUAAAUGGCUUAGGGAUUACACCUUUUACCCAACUAUUUGUCAGUAGUUAUACUGAGGUAUUCUUAAAGAAAACAAAAAAAGCCGAGUUUAAAAAAAACCCCAAUGUGAAAAGUAGUCGAGUCAAGCUAGGGCUUUGUAAAUGAUUGCUGAAGUAAAAGAUAUUAGCAUGAUUGAAAAAAAUGACUGAUGUGUGGGGGGAUAACUUUUCUAAGUUGUUUUUAUUUCCAGGUUUCAAUGUAAUUAGGCUACUGAGCGGAUCAGCUGUAGCUCUGGUAAUAGCCCCUACUGUAUUACUGACAAUGCUUUCUUCUGCUGAACGAGGAUGCCCUAAGGGCUGUAGGUGUGAAGGCAAAAUGGUAUAUUGUGAAUCUCAGAAAUUGCAGGAGAUUCCCUCAAGUAUAUCUGCUGGUUGUUUAGGUUUGUCCCUUCGAUAUAACAGCCUCCAAAAACUAAAAUACAAUCAAUUUAAAGGUCUUAAUCAACUCACCUGGCUCUAUUUAGACCAUAACCACAUCAGCAAUAUUGACGAAAAUGCUUUCAGUGGAAUACGCAGACUAAAAGAGUUGAUCUUGAGUUCCAACAGAAUCUCCUAUUUUCUUAAUAAUACCUUCAGACCUGUGACAAAUCUCCGGAAUUUGGAUCUGUCAUACAAUCAGCUGCAGUCUCUGGGAUCUGAACAGUUCAGGGGCUUAAGGAAGCUGCUGAGUUUACAUUUGCGGUCCAACUCCCUAAGAACCAUCCCUGUUCGAAUAUUUCAAGAUUGCAGGAACCUUGAACUGUUGGACCUGGGUUAUAAUCGCAUCCGGAGUUUAGCAAGGAAUGUCUUUGCAGGUAUGAUCAGACUGAAAGAGCUUCAUCUGGAGCACAAUCAAUUUUCUAAGCUCAACCUGGCACUUUUUCCAAGGCUAGUCAGCCUUCAAAACCUUUAUUUACAGUGGAAUAAAAUCAGUGUGAUAGGACAAACUAUGUCUUGGACCUGGAGCUCAUUACAAAGACUUGAUUUAUCUGGCAAUGAAAUAGAAGCUUUCAGUGGACCUAGUGUUUUUCAGUGUGUGCCCAAUUUACAGCGCCUCAACCUGGAUUCAAACAAGCUCACAUUUAUUGGUCAAGAAAUUUUGGAUUCUUGGAUAUCUCUCAAUGACAUCAGCCUUGCCGGGAAUAUAUGGGAAUGCAGCAGAAACAUUUGCUCUCUGGUAAACUGGCUUAAAAGUUUUAAAGGGCUGAGGGAAAAUACAAUUAUUUGUGCCAGCCCCAAAGAGCUGCAAGGGGUGAAUGUUAUUGAUGCAGUGAAAAACUACAGCAUCUGUGGCAAGAGUACCACGGAAAGGUUCGAACUAGCACGAGCUCUCCCAAAGCCAACAUUUAAACCAAAACUCACCAGGCCUAAACACGACAGCAAGCCCCCUGUGCCCCCAACUAUGGGAGCCACCGAAGCCAGCUCUGAGCCCGAGCACGACACAGAGCACAUCUCCUUCCACAAAAUCAUAGCAGGCAGUGUGGCUCUCUUCCUGUCGGUGCUGGUGAUCCUGCUGGUGAUCUAUGUGUCAUGGAAGCGCUACCCUGCCAGCAUGAAGCAGCUGCAGCAGCGCUCUCUCAUGCGAAGGCACAGGAAAAAGAAAAGACAGUCGCUGAAGCAAAUGACUCCAAGCACACAGGAAUUUUAUGUAGAUUACAAACCCACCAACACUGAGACCAGUGAGAUGCUGCUGAAUGGAACGGGACCCUGCACGUAUAACAAAUCAGGCUCCAGGGAAUGCGAGAUCCCACUGUCCAUGAACAUGUCAACGUUCCUGGCCUACGAGCAGCCCACGCUGAGCUACUGCGGGGUGCACCACGAGCUGCUGGCCCACAAGCCCUACGAGGCCAGCAGGCCGGAGGAGGCCAUGGACACGGGGCUGGAGGCGGAGCUGGACCUGAGCACCAUCACCACGGCAGCACGGAGCAGGGAGCAGGGGCAGCAGCUGCCCUAGGGAACCCUGGAGCAGGGGCAGCAGCUGCCCUAGGGAACCCUGGAGCAGGGAGAAUGGGCAGCAGCUGCCCUAGGGAACCCUGGAGCAGGGACAGCAGCUGCCCUAGGGAACCCUGGAACAGGGAGAAUGGGCAGCAGCUGCCCUAGGGAACCCUGGAGCAAGGAGCAGGGGCAGCAGCUGCCCUAGGGAACCCUGGAGCAGGGAGCAGGGGCAGCAGCUGCCCUAGGGAACCCUGGAACAGGGAGAAUGGGCAGCAGCUGCCCUAGGGAAUCCUGGAGCAGGGGCAGCAGCUGCCCUAGGGAAUCCUGGAGCAGGGACAGCAGCUGCCCUAGGGAAUCCUGGAGCAGGGACAGCAGCUGCCCUAGGGAACCCUGGAGCAUGGACAGCAGCUGCCCUAGGGAACCCUGGAGCAUGGACAGCAGCUGCCCUAGGGAACCCUGGAGCAGGGAGCAUGGGCAGCAGCUGCCCUAGGGAACCCUGGAGCAGGGGCAGCAGCUGCCCUAGGGAACCCUGGAGCAGGGACAGCAGCUGCCCUAGGGAAUCCUGGAGCAUGGAGGAGGGGCAGCAGCUGCCCUAGGGAACCCUGGAGCAGGGAGCAGGGGCAGCAGCUGCCCUAGGGAACCCUGGAGCAGGGGCUGCACCCAAACCCUGGGGGAAGCUAAGGACACCAAUGAAUAGGCAGUUCUGUGGAGGGUAGGAUCCCUGUGCAAAUUAAAAGUCAAUCAAAAAGAUUAAUUGUUUCCAGUCUACAAUUUGUAAUUAGUUCAGUUGUGCAGUAUUUUUUUGACUUCAGAGUAUGACCCUUGAAAGUGAAUCUUUUUCAAAACUCAUCCUACCUACCUGUAUAAACUGUACAGAUGUAAUGUAUUUUUCAUAUUGUAAAGUUUCAAUUACCAAGAACAACUGGUAUGUACAGUGCCAUAAUUUAAUUACAUCUUACUUUACAAGCUUCAGUUUCUAAAGCUUCAAAUUAACAAAAGUUAUUCCUUGUGUUAUUCAGUUACUCUGUUUUGUAGGGAUCAUUUUGUUACUGCUUUUGUGCCCAGACAACUUUAAUCUAAAAUUCUGUCCUUUGCAGAAUAUGCACCAUUUUUACUGUGUUUAAUGUGUAGAAUUUUAUCUACUGGUUCCAGAGGGAGGGUUUAACUAUUCAAACUUCUAAGAAACUCCUGAAAUAUAUAGCCAAGUUUUCCUAGAAAUGAAAAUUAAAAAAAAAAAAAUAGUUCUUCUCAAACUUACCUGCUGCCUUGAAAUACAGCCUGAUUUUUAACAACAAAGCUUGGUUAUGCAACUGUUAGUCAAGGCUGAUGAUAUUUUAUGAAGUCUCACUGUUCUGCAAGACAAUACAGGACAGGAGGCUUCAACAGGCAGCUACAAAAUCUGCUGUGAGAGUCUGCCAAAUCAGGCAUUUGUAUUCCUGAUAAAGACAAAGGGGUCCAAAACCUGCUUCUGUCACAGGCAGCUGCCGACAGAAGUGGCAACAGAAACAAGUCCUUAUACUACUCCUGGAAUGUAAAAUGUCACUCAAAAGAAACAUCCACCUGCUGAAAAAUCUAGUAAUUUGGAAAAAAUGCUAAAAGUUUACAGUCCUUUAACAUUAUGAUAACGCAAACAAAGAAAAAGCCCAAAACCUUUAAAGAAAAAAAAUUAAUGUAGUAUUAAGUCUUUAACAAUUACUACAUUGCUUAUUUGUCUGUCAUUUAAUAUCUGGAUUGAAGCAUUCUUAUACCCCAUUCUUUUGUUUUAAAUCUUCAAGACUUCUCAACACUGUAAGAGAGUAACUUUUUAUACCACUACACACUACCCUGUAAUCAUAAAAGAUUACAGAAAUUAGGAAGACAUUAUAUCAUGCUGACUCUGUGAAAAACAAAAUGGGAACACAAGCCUUCCAAAAUAUAGGAAAAAAAAAGUUUCAUAUGGUGAAGCAACUUUUUUAUAAUAAAGAGAAAUUAUAUAACCUCAAAUCUAUUUUUCUGGAUCUUUAUCCUACCAUAUUUUCAUGUAGUUUCAAAGCAGAAGACUGAAUUUUAAAAUUACAGGGCAACUGUUUGUACAAAACAAGGUGAAUAGAAUGAAAAUCAGCUUCAAAAAUUGGUAACAAAUCAAUCUGC